AUAAUCAGUCACUUAGCGUCGCAGGCAGCCACACACACUACAGCUGCCAACGGGGGAGGAGAGAGCACCGAGCUGCAGAGUUCAGGAGAUACAGAUAUAUCUACGAUACAAAGAAAAACACAAUGACGAGGGUCAGUCUGCCAAGUCUGAUGACAUGUCUACUGUUGAGCCAUGCAGUAACUUGCAAUAUAACAGCAACGACCAUCCCAACAGCGUUACUGAGAACAUCAACUGCCACCUCCAAGUCUGGAACUGAGAAUUCACUAUCUACCCAAACUGCCCCGUCAACUACUUUUGCCACCCCUACGGAUUACAGCAACACAAGUCUGCUAAUAGAUUCCACCGGUGCAACUCUGUUCACCAGCAAUAAAGCUUCCACCGCUGUAGUCCUAACUUCAGCUUCAGGCUCAACAGCUUCUUCAGAAACAACUGCUUCAGAGCCUCAACCAACGACAGAUGGGAGCAGAGUCCCCACGACGGACGGAAACGCCAGCUCCAGCACUAUCAAUGUCUACACCACCAAUGCACCUAGCACCAGCCACGGUACCAGUACCGCACCUAUGCACACCAGCAACACCACCGGUACCUCACCUGAAACCAUAACCGGCAUCUCCACCAGUACUUCAUCUGAAACCACGAUCAGCAACUCCAUCAGUACCUCACCCAAAACCACGACCGGCAUCUCCACCAAUACUUCAUCUGAAACCACGAUCAGCAACUCCAUCAGUACCUCACCCGAAACCACGACCGGCAUCUCCACCAGUACUUCAUCUGAAACCACGAUCAGCAACUCCAUCAGUACCUCACCCGAAACCACGACCGGCAUCUCCACCAGUACUUCAUCUGAAACCACGAUCAGCAACUCCAUCAGUACCUCAACUAGCACCACCACUACCUCCACCACUACCACAAUCCAAACCACCACAAUGGACCAGGAGGGACACAAAUCUGAAGCUCUGAGCUCAGGAGCCAUUGCAGCCAUUGUUUGUCUCUUCAUUGUAAUGGUCGUCGUAGUGUUGGGUGGCCUGUACUACUACAAGAUCCGACGUACGUCCUACGGCCCUCUACUGGACAGAGACUAUGGCACUUUAGGAAACUUCUCCAACCCCAUGUACAACCCUUGACUCUUUAACCUCCGACGACGGAAGUGACCCCCCAGAGUCGUCAGUCUGCAGAGGGACGGAACCAUUCGGUUCAGUGUGCGUUCAUAGUGUGUUUGUGUGCAAUCACAUUCUGUUAAGGGUGACAUGUGGCUUGAUGCACGUGAUUGCACGUAACAACAAAUUUGAACGGUUUCAUUGAUCUUUGUUCAGGUAAAGCCACAGGAUAAUAUGAAAAGAACUAAUUUAUCAGCAGCAUCAUGAUUAUGACAGGAUAUGUGAACAAAAAUAAAUGCGGAUGUUAAGUUCACUGUAGACGGAGACGACCUGACAACGAUUGUUCUUGUUGGUAUACCUCCUAUCUUCACCUGUGAAAUAAUGAGAUUUCUGCUUCUUCUUGUAAAUUUUAAAAAGGUAUCAAUUCAAAUGUAGAUGGCAAGACAGAGCCCAAGGUUUACACGAAAAGAAACUCUCAUCUACAUGAGUCUUAGUCUGUAGUCGGAGGAAACUGAAAGUCCUGAAUGCUAGAGGUCGGUGAUGACUCCUGACUGACAGGACAGACAGUGGAGCUACAUUUCUUUUAAGGGCCAUAUUGAAAAAAAAAUUUGACAUUUCGAGAAUGAACAGCGAUUCCUCUAGGAUUUUUUUCACCCCAUUGUUCUUGUAACUUUUUGUAAUGUUGCGACUUUAAUAUUAAAAUAUGACCAAUUUGUUAUUGUAAUAUUACGUCAUUCUUGCUAUAUCACUUUUUCUUGUAAUAUCACAACCUUUAUUUUUGUAAUAUUACAAAAAAAUUAGAAAAGGCCAUUUAUUAUUGUAAUACUACCAUUUUAAUCUCCACAAAUCUUUUUUGUAUGACAUGAUCCUGAGUGCUUUGUAGAAUUUUCAAAUGAACCAGUGACUUUGUUAUCUUCUUUUAGGUGUGAGAACUUAAAUCUGGCUUUUCGUAAAUAAUAUCCUGACAAGACAAAAGGCUUUUACUAAUUUCCCCUAUGAGCUAGGAAGCGAGGGACAUUUCUAGGCAACACAAAGGGGCGACGUUAGCAUUAGCAGCUACGAAAACCACGAAAGGAGGGAAUGUGUGAAGUUUCUGCUUUCAAGUGUGUAUGUACAUCAAACUUUUUGUAACCAUGAUUUUGUUUUACUUGCAGCUCAUCCGGCUGCAUUUCUGACUAUACAUUUCAGUAUUUAAUACAAUUUUUUUUUUGUAUUAUUGUAUAUAAUAGUUUAAAGUGACAGUUUUUGAAGUUCUGUCUAAAAAUUGUAGCCAGUGACAGGAUUAUAUUAAAUGUUUUGUGCAAUAAAAGUGAUAAAAUAAA